AUGUCUGACGACGAAGCGGGAAACUCGUCACCUGUUCGAGCUCGGAGCGAAAGUCCGGCGGGGACGGCCGAGCAGCAGCGGGAGAAGGCUGGACGGAAAAGGCCGAGGGUAGCGGAUCCUGAUGAGGAUGACGAUAUGGGAGACGAUACCGCGAAUGGCUCUGGAGCAGGGAACGGGAAGGGGAGAGCAGAUGAUGAGGAUGGAGAAGGAGACGAUGAUGAAGAAGAGGAGGAUGACGAGGAGGACGAUGAAGAGGAUGAUGAGGAAGGCGGGGAUGGUGGCAAACGGAAAGCAAAGAAGCGGAAGCGGAGACCCAAGAAGUUCAGGUUCUUGGAUGUUGAAGCGGAGGUAGACGACGAGGAUGACGAGGACGAAGAAGCGGACGACUUUGCCGAUGUCGCCGAAUUCAUCGAAGAAGCGCCAGAAGAAGCAUCCGGGCGAGACGAUGUCGCCCACCGACGGCUAGACCGAAGUCGAGGCGAGGCGCAGAUGGAGAGUGUAGAGGAGACGGUCGCGCGUUUGAAGCAGCGGUACGGGCGGGGCCAGGCGGCCAAAUAUGACCCGGAUAGCGAUCAAGUGCCGCAGCGGCUGUUGAUGCCCGGGAACGGGGAUCCCAACUUGUUCCAGGUCCGAGUCAAGGCUGGAGAGGAGCAGAACCUUAUUACCAAGAUCUUCCGCAAGGUCUUCUCAAACCAAAAUUCGGCCAACCCCUUCGAAAUCUAUUCUGCCUUUUACCGAAACUCCCUCCCUGGCAUGCUUUUCGUCGAAGCGCGCGGAGCCGCCCCUGUCCUUGCGGUCCUCACGGGUCUCGUCGGCGUGUUCCUGUCGACACCACCGAAACUCGUCCCGAUUGAGGAAAUGGCGCCCCUCCUCAAGAUCAAGAAGAAGGACGAGAAUAUCCAGCCGGGAAUGUGGGUUCGGAUGAAGCGGGGAAAGUACGCUGGGGAUCUCGCGCAGGUCAUCGAUGUGGACCAGAUCACGAACGGUGUCGCUGGUCUCAAGUUUAUCCCUCGGAUCGACCUCACUCCACGGGAGAAACGGUCGAGGGACAAGGGGUCGAACGGAAAGGCGCUUGGCGGAAACGUUCGGCCGCCAUCCCGGCUCUUUGCCUACGAGGAUGUCCGGAAGAUCUACGGCAGAGGGGCUAUCCGGCAGACCGCUACCAGCACCUACGUUUGGGAUGGGGAUGAGUAUGUCGAUGGCUUCUGCCUGAAAGACCUCAAACUCAACCUCAUCUCGGCCGAGGGGGUCAAGCCGACGCUCGAGGAGGUCUCACGCUUCACUGGCGACGAGGGAGAGACGAGCAGGAUCGACCUCUCGGCCAUCGCGGAUGCGAACCGGGAUAUCGGCGCGUCGGGUCUCUUCCCUGGCGACAAGGUCGAGGUGUACGAGGGGGAGCAGAGUGGGCUGUAUGGACCGGUCGUCACGGUCACGAUUGACGUGAUUGCCAUCAAGGCGAUGAAUGGGGAUGUGAGGGGCCAGAUCAUUGAGGUGCCGAGUAGGAGUGUGCGGAAGCGGUUCGAGCUGGGAGAGCACGUCAAGGUGUUGAAUGGGCCGAAUAGGGACGCGAGCGGGAUGGUGGUGGAUGUCAAGGGGGAUGUAGUCACUUUGAUGUCGGAUCAGGGAGAACAGGAGAUCAAAGCAUUCUCGAAGGAUGUUCGGAAGGCGGCAGAUAUUGCUGGUGGUUCGCAAGCCAAGGGAGCUUUCGAUUUGCACGACAUGGUGAUGCUUGACUCGGCGACCGCAGCUGUGGUCAUCAAGGUCGAAGGCGCAAUGCUUCGGAUAAUGGAUCAGAACGGCGCUGUCCGAGUGGUCACUCCGCAUGAGGUCACAGCUCGUCGGGACAACAAGAACUUUGCGGUCGCUCAGGAUAGUAACGGGAAUGACAUGAAGGUCGGGGACGCCAUGAAGGAGGUCGGAGGCGAGAACCGCUCUGGCGAAGUCCUCAACAUCUUCCGCUCAAUCUUUGUCUUCCUCUUCUCCCGCGAGAUCCUCGACAACUUUGGUGUCUUUGUCGCUCGCGCCCAACUCCUCAUCUCCGUCACGCCCAAAGCGGCCGCCAACGAUCUAUCAAAGCUCAACCCCAUGUUGCAGAGUCAGCUCCCUUACGGCGGUGCCUCGCUUAUGGCUCCUCCGACGACCAUGCCCAAUAAAAAUCGGCUGAUCAAUACUCCGGUUGUCAUUGUCAAGGGCACCCAGAAGGGGUUGAUGGGUAUCAUCAAGGAUGUACAGGGGGAGAAGGCUAGAGUGGAAAUGGCUAGCAAUAAUAAGGUGUUGACUAUCGAUCUGACGUCGCUGAAGCGGAAAGACACCAGGACAGGCACUACCUACCCUCUCGACUCGGCCGCUGCUGGCUCGUUUGGCGCACCACGACCCGGCGGUGGGAACUACGAUAUCAACCCGUACGGCCAGAUGGCCCCGCCGAACGGUGGAGCGACCCCUGCUCCGAACUACGGUGGACGUACGCCGGGCGGUGCCGCUCGUUUUGGUCAGACACCCAAUCCAUACGCAGCUGGUGCUGGCGGGUUCGGUGGAGGCAAGACGCCCAACCCGUACGCUGCUGGAGCAGGUGGUCGGACGCCAGCACCUGGCUGGGGCGCAGGCGGAGGCAAGACGCCAGGAUGGGCUGGAGCGGGUGGAAAGACGCCUGCGCCUGGAGCAGGAGGGUAUGGCGGUGGUGGAGGAAAGACACCUGCGCCAAACUAUGGUGGUGAUGGUGGUCGAACACCAGCUUGGGCAGGUGCGGGUGGAGGUGGAGGAAAGACACCCAAUCCCUAUGCCUUAGGAUCGGGGUCGGGAGCUGGGGGUCGGACGCCUGCUCCGGGCGGUAGUAUGUACCAGGACCCGGGCACGUCGAGGUAUGGUAAUGGUGGUCUAUCGGCCCCUACCCCGUAUACCGCUCCACCUACUCAGGCGGCCGUAGCUGCCCAGACCCCCGCGACUACUCAAUAUUCCGCGCCUACGCCAUAUGGCGCCCCGACUCCAUACGCCGCUCCUACACCCUACUCCGCGCCUACUCCCGGUGUUGGCCUUACCGCGCCCACCCCCGGCGCUGGUGCAGGACCCUCUCACAACGGCGCACCAACCCCAUACGGCGCUCCGACUCCCUACAACGCACCUUCCACCUCCAAUCAGCCUGCCGCCCCCCAAGCUUCAGAUCUCCCAUGGGACUGGGCUCUCGACUUCCGAAACGUCCGCGUCGAGGUCGGACCAUCCACAAAAGCCGGGACCCGCAAUCCCCUCCACUUUCAGCGCGGCGCUCUCGACCGCCAGAUAUUCGGGUACGCCGAUAUCGCCGAGGGCGAGAGUCCGCACUGUAUCCUCCUGUCGGACCCGACAGUCACGGCGGAUAUCCCGGCCGAGUACCUGCGGCCUGUCCAGCCCACGGCGCCCGGCCAGGCGAUUAUCGUCAUUAAUGGUCCGGAUGGGAUCAAGGGGCAGCAGCGGACCACCGAGUAUCUGAAUGAGGAUCAGUGGAUGAUGGUGCCCGAUCAAAGUGUUGGAGAGGUCGUGCCGAUGAUUGUGGGCGGUGGGGAUUUGUGUAGGAUAUGGCAGAGCUAA